AAGCAACCGUGUCAUAUUCCAUCUGAAGCUAUCAGUCUAGACUCAGCCGUUGAUAUCCUGUAAUUUGUCCAGAUUUUUCGAAAAAUCUGUAACUUCCAUACUCUCAAGUGCAAAAAUGUUUUGUGCCGGAAUACUGCAGCGUAGACUGAGCGUGGGUCUUACUCAAAAACUCAGCUGGACGCCCAAGAAACUCUACUCUGAGGAGAAGAAGCCCCCGAGUGUUUUCCUGUGGGGCGGCGGACUAGGCAAGCUGCAGGGCGGUCUGAAGGAGGAGGAGUACUUCAUUUCGUUAACCCAGAACCUCAUGGACAAGAUGCGGGACAAGAAGGACCACGGCGACUACUUGCCCAACUGGGAUGAGUUCCAGAAGACCCUGGACCACGCCUCUCUGGGCAGCACUACCUCCAUGAACAAGCACAAGAAUUUGCUCGAGGAGGCCUUCUUCCUAAACGAGAUGAUUUCAAAGUACUACACGACCGUGCUCAAGAAGACCCCAAAGACCUCAAAAAUGCCACAGAACUGGAACAUAAAUUAAAUCCCCAGAACACCAAAUAGUUAAUUGUUUAUGUUAAUUGCCAUCCACUUAUUCCUUCAGGCGCAUCAUCAUCAAACUUAUCCACAUGGCACGGCUCAAUAAAAUUGUUAGUUGCAAAGUUUAA